AUGGUUGAUUUCAGUAAUGAAGAUGAUCUCAAAAACAUUUGGUUUAGAAGAUCCAUAGAAAUUGAAGGCCAAGUUAAACAAAUUGUUAGAACCGUUGGUACACAUCUUUCAAUGGAUAUGACCACUGAAAAUCGGACUAUGCCUAGUAUGGCUAAGGUCAAAGUUGAAGUUGAUUUGACUAAGCCAAAAAUAAAGAAGGCAGAGGCUAAGGAAAAACAAAAGGGUGAAGAGGAAAAAGAGGAUGAUGAAAAAGAAGAUGGUAGUGAUAAUGAGAAACAAAAUCAACCCAAAAACAACAAUGAAAAUGAAAAGAAAGAGAAUGAUGGAAAACUGAACAGGAGGAAAAUGUGGAAAACAAAGUCAAAAGGAAAGAGACCACUGGGAAACGACAACAUGCAAAGGAGGUGGAAAAAAUUCCUACCAUCAAUGAAAGGAUCAAGACCAAAAAGAAGAAAAAAAGGACCAAAAAGAAACCUUCUAUGA